ACCAUGUAAUCUUGUAUCCUUGGGUCUGUAAUACUUAUGUCUAUUCCAAUUGAAUGUUGUGUGAAGGUUUUAGGUAUUCCACAUCAUUUUGCUUCCAAGAAUUAAGUAUCGUGAUUGCGUAGUUUACUUUAUUGUACACAAGAUAUGGUAGUCCCCUAUGGAUCAGUACAAGGUUGUUGGUAAAAUUGGAGAAGGUGCUCAUGGAUUGGUUCUCAGAGGACAACACCUUGGCACUGGGCGGGAAGUUGCGCUGAAGAAAGUGCUCUUAAAAAAGCUGGAAGAUGGAAUACCUACUGCAGUGAUCAGAGAGAUAAAGGCAUUACAAGAAGUCGAUUGUCAAUAUGUGGUACAGUUGUUGGAUGUUUUCCCCCAGGGGCUUGGUUUUGUCCUUGUGUUUGAAUUCAUGCCAUCAGGACUAUGGGAGAUGCUACGAGAUGCUGAGAAUCCACUCUCAAUUCCUCAAGUGAAGACUUACAUGAUUAUGCUGCUGAAAGGUGUGGCAUAUCUUCACGAUCACUCCAUUAUGCACAGGGAUUUGAAACCAGCAAAUUUACUGAUAAGCAAGGAAGGAGUACUGAAGAUAGCAGAUUUGGGUCUUGGCCGAAUGUUUUGGACAGAACACAGCCGUCCAUACUCUCAUCAGGUAGCUACCAGAUGGUAUCGUGCACCAGAAUUGUUAUAUGGAGCCCGAUAUUAUACAGAAGCUGUUGACCUCUGGGCUGUUGGCUGCAUCCUAGGGGAACUGUUGACUAAUUCUCCACUGUUCCCAGGAGAAACUGACAUAGAACAACUAGCAAUUGUCUUAAGAACACUGGGAACACCUACUGCAGAAACAUGGCCUGGAAUGACAGAGUUGCCAGAUUAUAACAAAAUUACAUUUCCAGAAACACAGGGAGUUGGUUGGGAUCGUAUUUUUCCAGACUGUACACCCGAAGCCAUAGAUCUUACAAAGAAGUUUUUGAUUUAUAAUGCUGACAGAAGGUUAAAAGCUAAACAGGCAUUGGUUCACCCUUAUUUCUUCACAUCACCACUGCCAUGUCAGCUCUCAGGCAUGCCAAAACCUUUGGAUGGUCAUAGACAGCAAUUCAGAGCAAAAGAAUAUGACACAGAGAAGCCUGUGGAAGAAUUGUUUAGUGAUUUAAAUAAAUUGCUGACAUCUUGAAAUUCCUGUUGGAAGGUACAUGGGUAGUUCACAUAUGGCCUGGAAUUUUGAUCAUAGCUUUCAGUAAUUGUCUCACCUGUUUCAUAUUAGGCAGUCAUCUUGAGGUACUCUCCCUGUACUUGUACACACUUACCACACCCCUUCAGCGUGGAAUCAGCUGCUGUAAUUAUAUCCAAUAUGCACCACAUGAGAGGUGUUUGUAAUUUUUUAAAUUUAACAGAGAACCAGACCUCGUGACAUGACACAAAUACCAUAAAAGUUAAAAUAUGGGUCAUCUGAGCUGUUAAUCAUAAAGUUUACAUGUGGAAAGCAUUGUAACUUCUAGUCACUUUUUGUAUGAUAUUUAUGUAAGACAUGCAAGUGUUUGUAAAUAUGAAAUUAUUUUAUA